UCAAAAACACACACACACACACAUGCACAACAAAAGCAAUAAAAAUUUCUUUUGACUGUCAAAUCAUGGCCGAUGAUAUUCUUCUUGAUUUUCUUCACAUGGAAUUUGUUUCAUUAUUCGAUGAAAUGAAUGGUGAAGAAAAGCCAAAUGAUUUAAGCCGACAAGAAUCUAUUGGCUACCAAGUUGGAUUUCGAUUUAUAAAAAAAUAUACACGUGAAUGGAAUCGUUUCAAGGAUGAAUUGGAAAUAAUUAAAUUUAUUUGUAAAGAAUUUUGGUCAGCAAUUUUUGGCAAACAAGCCGAUACAUUACGUACAAAUCAUCAGGGCAUCUAUGUAUUGAUUGAUAAUCAAUUUCGUUUUCUUAAACGUAUGACUGAUUCACAACAAUAUAUGGAUCAAAUUGGAAAGUAUCUAGCAUUCAGUUGUGGCCUAAUUCGUGGUGCAUUAUUCAAUCUUGGUAUACCAUCGGUUGUAACCACUGAUGUAUCACAACCACCAAGUGUAAAAUUUCAGAUAAAAAUUCAUACAUAAAAAUCCAUUUGUAACUCUCUCCAGCCCCUCCCCCCACCAAAAAAAAAAAAAAACGUUUGAUUUCACAAUCUCCAUUUAUAAAUACUUUAUAUUGUCAUGGUUUUUUUUUAUCAUCCAAAUAUCUCGUUGUUACACAGUGAAUGAAUCAUAAAUGAUAAAAAUAGAUACACAUUGUAAUUGUAGUUGUGGUGAUUGUUUUUGAUAUAUAUAAAACCAUUAAGAUGUA